AUGAGGGGCGAAAAAAUAGUUGCUAUUUCGUCGAUUAUGACAUUUUUAAUUUUAACCAUAAGCAGUACAACUAAUGCUGAAAACCAAUGUGGAGCUACAGUAAAUGACUCAAUGGAUGAAUCAAACGAUUCCCUACAAGAGUUACAAAAAUUGAGAGAGAAAUUCGGUAAUUCUGGGCCUCUGAGUUAUAACGAAACUAUGCCACAGUAUAUGCUGGGACUUUAUAUUUUGAGAACCAAAAGUGACUGGCCAUUGGUGCCCUUCAACGCUAAAACUGUGCGUUGUUUGAUUGAAAAACCUGUCGAAAACACAACUUCCAAAUUAUUCUUCUUCAAUAUUGUGGACUCGACGUACAAUAAAUCGUUACUAGGAGCUCAAAUCCAUCUGUACCGCGAACACUCGUUGACUUCGACGGAAAAUCUCCCGGUUUCUUCUCCUUCCUACUAUGAAUUUAGCGUUUAUCAAGUGCAGUCGAAUGAAACUCUGGAUGAUCCCGUUUUCCACAAGCUAUUGGAUAAGCAUACCAUUGCAGCUAACGUUUCAAGUUGGCUGGUGUUUGAUGUCACCCCAGCCGUGGUUUCGUGGCUUUCUGGAGAACAUCCGAAUCUAGGACUGAUUGUUGUUGCAACAACUGAAUCCGGUGACCACGUGCAAGUGGACUUUGUACGUCGAAACAAAGAACCUGCGGACGACAAGUCACCAAUUCUCGUGAUAUUCAAUCACGAUGACAAUAGUACAUCGGAAUUUGAAAGUUAUAAAGCUGACUUCAGCUCAAAGCAGAAAAAUGAAUCAUUAAAAAUCUACGAGCAUGCAAUCAAACACCCAGAAUUUCAUGUGCAUCGAGGAAAAGGGGAAAUGCUCGAAGAAGAAAAAACACCAUUCGUUAAAUCAACUACAUUGACCAGAAAUCGAAGAUCCGUAGACAAAGACAAUAGUCCAUGUGCAAAGUAUAUUUUUACAGCUGAAUUUAGAGAAGUUGGAUAUCCCUUUAUUAUCUCACCCGAUUCAUAUUCUACAUAUGAAUGCCGAGGAUACUGCGGACAGAAAAGAAAGAUUGUCACAAAUUACGACUUAUUACAAGAAAUCUUUGAUAGUGCCAUCCCUGAUCUUGAAGUGAGAAAUACGUGCUGUGCUCCUACGCAUAUGAGCAACCUCACAGCUCUUAUCUUCGAUACCUACUAUAAUAUAAUAUUUACAACGAUACCAGACAUUGGGGUUGAAAGGUGCAGCUGUCAAGGACGUGUGGCUCGUUUUCGACCUGGUUCAUGA